CGGAGCUUGUGGUAGAAAUAGAUUGAGAGUCUUCGAUGGAGUUCCGAGCCCCGCAUGUGAAGCUCUGUUUCCUGAUCCGGCUAGUGGCAAGUUGGUCUAAACGUGUCCUGUGCCGGCGAUACUGAGACAGCUGGUUACUUUAAGGCCACUCUGUUCUCGCCGAUUACUCUUACUCUCGACAGUCUUUCAUUGCUUGACAAGAGUUGAUCAAUUGAUUCAAGAUGAAGUUCAACAGCGCCUAUCUCGCCGUGGGUCUCUGCGCCGCCAUCUCUCGCGCCGACGUGCUUGAGGAUCUCGAGGAUUCCGCCGUCGAUGCUUCGUCGUCUGUUGCUUCGGUCGUCGAGUCUGUGACUUCGUCGGCUGUCAGCAAGCCCACCUUCACCCCUACCACCCUCAAAGCUCCUUUCCUCGAGCAGUUCACCGACGACUGGGAGUCAAGGUGGCAGAAGUCCGAGGCCAAGAAGGAGGGCACCGAGGAGGAAUGGGCCUACGUUGGUACCUGGAAGGUCGAGGAGCCUUCAGUCCUCCGCGGCAUCGAGGGCGACAAGGGCCUGGUGCUCAAGGAUAAGGCUGCUCACCACGCCAUCUCGGCAAAGUUCCCCAAGGCCAUUGACAACACCGACAAGACUCUGGUUGUCCAGUACGAGGCAAAGUUCCAAGCUGGUCUUGAGUGCGGUGGUGCCUACAUGAAGCUCCUUCAGGACAACAGCGCCCUCCACGCCGAGGAGUUCUCCAACGCCUCCCCCUACAUCAUCAUGUUCGGUCCCGACAAGUGCGGCUCCACCAACAAGGUCCACUUCAUCUUCCGCCACAAGAACCCCAAGACUGGCGAGUACGAGGAGAAGCACCUCAAGAACCCUCCCAUGGCCCGCAUCAGCAAGCAGACCUCCCUCUACACCUUGAUCGUCCGUCCCGACCAGACCUUCGAGCUCAAGGUCGAUGGCACUUCGCUCAAGACCGGUUCUCUCCUCGAGGACUUUACUCCCGCCGUCAACCCCGACACCGAGAUUGACGACCCUGAAGACAAGAAGCCCGCCAACUGGGUUGAGGAGGCUCAGAUCACCGACCCCGAGGCCAAGAAGCCAGCUGACUGGGAUGAGGAGGCUCCCUUCGAGGUUGAGGACACCGAGGCUGAGAAGCCUGCCGACUGGCUCGAGAACGAGCCUCUCCAGAUCCCUGACCCUGAGGCCGAGAAGCCCGAGGACUGGGAUGAUGAGGAGGACGGUGACUGGAUGCCCCCUCUUGUCCAGAACCCCAAGUGUGACGAAGUCUCUGGCUGUGGUCCCUGGAAGGCUCCCAUGAAGAGAAACCCCGAGUACAAGGGCAAGUGGUCCGCUCCUCUGAUCGAGAACCCCGCCUAUAAGGGCGUCUGGGCUCCCCAGAAGAUCGCUAACCCCGACUACUUUGAGGAGAAGACUCCCUCCAAGUUUGAGCCUAUGGGUGCCAUUGGCUUCGAGCUGUGGACCAUGCAGAACGACAUUCUCUUCGACAACAUCUACAUCGGUCACUCCGAGAAGGACGCCGCCGCUCUCGCCAAGGAGACCUUCGAGGUCAAGAACGCCGUCGAGAAGGCCGAAGAAGAGGCCACCAAGCCCAAGAAGGACGAGACCAAUGAAACCCCCAAGUCCCCCAUGGACCUCAACUUCAUGGACGACCCCGCCCUCUACGUCCGCGAGAAGCUCGACCUCUUCAUCACCAUCUUCAAGCGUGACCCCAUCCAGGCCGUCCAGUUCGUUCCCGAGGUCGCUGGCGCUAUCGGUGUCAUUGUCGUUACCAUCAUCGCUCUCCUUCUCGGCGCUCUCGGUGGCGGUGCCGCCGCUGCCCCCAGCAAGGAGCAGAUCAAGGCCAAGGCCGACCAGGCCAAGAAGGCUGCCGUCGACACCAAGAACCAAGCUGCCGAGGCCGUCGCCUCUGGAGCACAGGCUGCCAAGUCCGAGGUUCAGCAGAGAAGCGGUGCUGCCAAGUCAACCUAGAUUGAAGACUGGAAGCCCAUGUUGCCUGUCGGCCCACAACUCUGAAUGAAGUAGUUGAAGUUGAUGAGGGUGAAAAGAGAGAAAGGGAAGAUUUUGACAUCGUUACUAUUACCCAGCCAAAAGGCUACGUUUUGC